CCGCGUGUUGAUACUGAAGAAGAAGCGGGUCGAGGAGCAGAAACAAGUUUUUCACCCCGCGGAGACUCGAACCGAGCGAAAAAAAACGACACGAACGAACGAAGCCGGAGCGAACAUGGACAUGAAGAAGAGGGUCUCCUUAGAGCUGAGGCACCGGUCGCCGACAGAGGUCCAGGAGCUGGUCCUGGACAACUGUCGCUCGAGUGAAGGGAAGAUCGAAGGAAUCACAGGAGAGUUCUCGAACCUGGAGCUGCUCAGCCUCAUCAACGUCGGCCUGACCAGCGUAGCAGACAUCCCCAAACUGGACAAACUCAAAAAGUUGGAGUUGAGCGACAACAGGAUAUCAGGAGGUCUGGAGGUGUUGGCAGAGCGGCUGGUGAACCUAACGCACCUCAACCUCAGCGGGAAUAAGAUCAAAGACAUCAGCACCCUGGAGCCGCUGAAAAAGUUGCCCCAGCUGAAGAGUCUCGACCUAUUUAACUGCGAGGUGACCAACCUGGCUGACUACAGGGAGCCCAUCUUCAAGCUCCUCCCGCAGCUCACCUACCUGGACGGCUACGACAUCGACGACUGCGAGGCGUCCGACUCUGACGGAGAGGGAGACGGCGUCGAGGACGAGGACGAAGAAGAGGGUGAGUCGGAGGACUUUGAGGAAGAAGAAGAGGAGGACGAGGAGGACGUAGUGGCUGAAGAUGACGACGAUGACGAAGACAGUGGAGAUGACGAGGACGGAGAGGUGAACGGAGACGUGGACAGUGAGGACGACGACGAGGAUGAGGAAGACGAGGAUGAUGAUGACGAGGACUCGUCUCCGGCCAAAGGAGAGAAGAGGAAGAGGGACCCUGAAGACGAGGAUGAUGAAGAUGAUGAUUAAGGAUUCACAAGGACCCCCGCACACCCCCUCUGACCUCUCGCCCGUUGACCCCAAUACCCCCCACCCUACAGCUAAAUGCUGCCCCAUCCCCCACCAACGCUCGCCCUCCUGACUCCUCCUCCCCCCAACUCGGUCAACUCCUCCUGGGCUCUGUUCCAUUUCUGAAGCUGGUCUCCUUCCCACCAGGUCCUCCUCCUCAGCUCCUCUCCUGCAGACCUUCGGCAACUUCGAUUAGUUCCUAAACUUCACAUUUAUGUCACCAAAUAUUUGCAUUUCAUUUCGUCGUGUUUUUGUUUUUCUCUCGUUUGGCGGCACAGUCGGGUAAACUCAGGAAUAAGUCACGAAACUCUUUAGAACUCCAACGAACGGUAAUUUUCAUUGUCGAUUCAAGCUGCCGAUUAUCAUCCGGAUUCAUCGUAUUUUUAUUUUCUCAAGCCAGGAAACUUAAAAUGAUUCCUCAGAGCAGACGCUGACAUCCUCAAUCGUAAAAACAGCAGAAAUCCUCACGUUUUAGAAGCUGGAGCAGAAAAUGUUUCAGAUUUUUGUGCUGUAAAUGAUUCAUUUACUACAUUUACUGCUCUGUCAAUCUGUCAGUCAAUGAAUCGGCGGGUCGAUCACCUCGUCGCUCACUGAAUAGAAAACACGGAGGGACGUUAAACAGCAAGAAGUGCCUCCAACAUUUAAUUUCACAGAAUCCACUUUGACUGAGUUGAUUUUGGUGUUAGAAUAUUCAGGAUAUUGGGAAAUCCAAGAGAAGUUUUAUGUCUCAGGAAAAAAUAAAACUUGUGACAGACUCCGUUAAGCAGCAGUAAAUGCAUCGCCGGACACGAGGCGCUUAAAGAUUUUACACAAGUCCGUUUUGUUUUCUGAAGGAACUCGAAUUAACUUCGACUUCCUCCAGAUGACUUAUUUUGCAAACAAAAUUUUUCUCCACCAAGACGAAAAACUGGUCAUAUCAACUAAAUUUGCUUUUUUUUUUUUUUUUUUUUUGCAAUAUUUUUGAACAACCACGUAACAAUUAUUUCAUGAACUCACAAAGACGACGCGUACAUUUUGAGGGAACGCCUAAAUUUAGGUCGUGUCUGUGGAAGGAGACUCAACGGGAGCCUCGUGGGAGGCGACGCCAUUUUCAGGAUUAUUGCAAAAAAAAAAAAAAAAUUCCCAUCAUUCCUUUCUUCCCCAACGCCCCGCUCCCACCCCGCCACUCUGGGACUGAACCAGCAGCUAUGAUGUCAUCAUCACACUCCCAAACAGGCUCUGUGAUGUCAUCGACGGACAGUCAAACCUACCCACCAACCUUUCCCCCCUCGAGGCCGAGCGCGCUCAGGGCAAACUGUGUUCUCUCUUUUUUGCCAACAGAGCUUUUUUUU